AAGAUUGGGCAUGUGGGGCCGUGCCUGCAGGAUCCAGCCCGGGCCGACACCUGCACCGUUCACAAGUCCGAGUUCUGGAGCUCCUAUCGGAUGAACGUCACCGAGGUGAACCCGCUGGGGUCCAGCUUCCGCCUCCUUGACAUCACCAUGCAGGCGAUCAUUAAGCCAGACCCUCCGGAAGGCCUGGUGGUGGAGCCCGUCCCCCGGGCACCGCGGCGGCUCCAGGUGAGCUGGAGGUACCCCACAUCCUGGCCCAAGGAGCCCCACUUCCAGCUCAAGUUUCGGCUCCAGUACCGGCCUGUCAUCCACCGCUCCUGGUCCGUGGUGGAGACGGUGAACCUCUCCGAGGUGAUCACAGACGCCUUCGCAGGGCUGGAGCACGUGGUGCAAGUCAGUGCGAAGGAUUUCCUGGAUGCGGGGAACUGGAGCGAGUGGAGCAUGGAGGCACGGGCGACGCCUGUCAGAGACCCUGCCACCGUGGCGAGUGAAGAAACCACUACAGAUGCCAGCCUGGAGAGCCUGGCUGAGGAGCCCUCGCGGGCUCCCAAUCCUGAGCCCAUUAAUCGGAGCGACCCCCUGGAGAAGAUGGCCAUCCUGGUCUCCCUUGGGAUCUUUGCCUUCUUCAUCCUGGCUGCCGUUCUGGUCAUCACCAUCCUCGUCUGGCUCCGGGUGAGGAAACACGGCAAGGACGAGACCAAACCCCACAACUUCUUGGUUGCUGCCACCCACUUGAAGGCUCUGCCGAAGGCCCAGAUCUUGUAGUGAGCCCUGGAUGUUCCCCUGUCUGAGCACUCACUCACCCGCCUAUGGGACUUGACACCACUGUUGGCCCCAGAAGGGCUCCCCACCGCACGGAGCAGGGCCUGGCUUUGGACAUUGCCUGAGCGCCGGCACCGUUGGGGCACACGAUGGACCCUAAGGGGAGAGGCUGUGCUUUGAGGAGCUUAGGGCUGCCCGUGCCCGCCAGGAACUGGCUGGAGACAUCUCGGACUCAGUGCGACGGGCCAGUUCCCACCACCGGGCACUGCUAUACAACAUGGGGGUGGGGCACCGAGCCAGCCCCACUUCGCUGCUUAGUGCCACAUGGAAGAGGACAGUGGGCGCAGGGUGCCAGGGGUGUUGGUCUGUGGGCAUCGGUGACCGUGCGGUGCUGAGCUCUGCCGGCCUCCCUGGCCCAUCGCACCCCCACCAGCCAUCAGCAGGCAGAAGCGCCCCCCCAUCCCUCUGCCCCUCGCCCCCACGCUGUGGCAGGACGGAGCAGUGAUCCCAAUAAAGGGGGCAGUGUUGGCGCUGCCUGGGCCAGA